AUGGACGGUUUGCGUCAACGCUGGCGUUUGGGGGACUCUGAGGAGGAGAAAGGCUGGGAGGCCUGCGCCGCCCAGGCAGCGGAGCUCUUCCGACUGAAGGACACUGUGGCCUCCCUCUAUGCCUGGGGCCUUCUGCCGAGGAAAACCGGUCGUCAACUCCUCGAUGCCAUGACGCAGGAGAUGAAGAUGGCACCCCGGAUUCUGGAUCCCAUCGCGGGCACCGGACUUCACGCCGCCCGGGGGACCCGGUUCUUUGGGGUGAUCUUGGCAGACUCAGUGCAUGGGGGAUCCACCCAGAGCAGUGGUGCGGACACGCAAUACUUGCAGCAGUGCAUCAGCUCAGGCUCCUCCGCCCGGGCAGCCGCAGCCGCUCAGACGGCGGCGGCGCAGGCAGCGGUGGCUGCCGCCGGGCCGGCGCUGGUCUGGGCUGAGCUUCAGCACCUCGACAUUUUCGAUGCGGGAGAGGCUGCUGCGGCUUGGUGGCAACAGCACGGUGAGGCGCCGAACGCUGUGCUGAUGCUCUCCUUCCCACCACCGCCGCCUUCGGAGGUGGCCGAGGCGGCCCUGCGUCGUUUCGGAGGACGCUGGGUCCUGUUCAUCGGCGAGUGGCGUGGCUGUACUGGUUCAAAGGCUUUCUUCGACCGCUUGGAGGCCGAGUGGCGCUUGCUUGGGACCUUUGAAGUGCCCCGCUGGCCGAUGAUGGAGGACCCGAUGCCCAAGGAUUCUCGUGCCUUUGAAGAAGUGGACGCGAGCGACAUCCGCUCCAAAAGGUUCGAUCCUGCACUGGCCGCCCCACAUGAUCUCAACGAUCUCAAGGAAGUGCUAGUCGCUCUAGCUCACGCAGUUCCUCAGGGAAAGAACUAG